AUGCCAGUAAAAAAAAGAGCCUCUUUGGGAAGAAGUACAUCAGCUGCAAGAAGAAUGGCAGCAACAAGAGCAGCUGAAGAUUCUGAAGACACACGCAUUCGACUUGAUGGUCAACGUGCAAGACAAGCAGCUUCACGAGCAGCGGAAGAUUCUGAAGACACACGUACUCGACUUGAUGGUCAACGUGCAAGACAAGCAGCUUCAAUAGCAGCUGAAUCUCCAGAACGGAGACAAGGUCGACGGGAAGAAGAUCGAGCCAGACAUGCAGCUACAAGAGGAGCUGAGGAUCCCAUACAGAGACGGACUCGAAGUGAAGAUCAGCGUAGACGACAAGCAGCCUCAAGAGCAGCGCAAUGGACAUUUAUGGAAGGGGAAGCGUUUCGUUAUGAUCCAGCCAACAACUAUGACAGCCAUCCUCAACUUUAUAUUGGACAAAUGAGUGCUGUUUGCCCAUACUGUAAUGCCCUCAAGUGGCAUGCAGAAACACGAGCUCUUCGAACUGUAAACGGUCAGAUCUGUGCAACAUUUCGUGAAGCAUGUCAAUUACAUGGAUUACUGGAAGAUGAUCAGCAAUGGGAUGCCACCAUGUCCGAAGCAGCUGCAGCUCAAUCGCCAGCAAGAUUAAGAAAUCUAUUUGCUCUUAUACUAGCUGUUUGUGGACCAUCCAAUCCAAAACAAUUAUGGGAGUCGUACAAAGAAAGCUUGACUGAAGACAUUCUGAGAAAUGCUCGCAGGCGAAAUCCUGGAAUGAAUUUGGAUUAUACACCAGAUAUGUUUAAUCAAGCACUGAUUAUUAUUGAAAAUAAAGUUUUAGAGAUGGGUGGCAAAGAACUUGAGAAAUUAGAGCUCCCAACUCCUCAACGAAAUUCGGGUGAUCGAUUAAACAGUGCAAUGCUCAGAGAAACAAGUUAUGAUGUGAAAGAGUUGGAUGCUUAUAUAACAGCAAAUGAGCCACUUAUUACCAAAGGAACUGGCGAAGUAAAGGUUCUGCAAGAAUGUGAACUUAUUGCAUGGGAUGAGUGCACAAUGGCUCAUAGGUAUGCAUUAGAAGCUUUGAACCAUACUUUACAGGAUCUUCGUAACAAUGGAAAGAAUAUGGGUGGAGUAGUUGUACUUAUUGCUGGCGAUUUUAGGCAAACAUUACCAGUUAUUCCAAAGGGUACCAUGGCUGAUGAGCUUAAAGCUUGCUUGAAAUCUUCGUAUCUUUGGAGACAUGUUGCAUCAUUAAAACUCAGUAGUAACAUGAGAGUGCACUUACAAGGUGACGUAUCUGCCGGCCGUUUCGCUGAACAACUUCUCGCAAUUGGAAAUGGCAAAAUACCUGCUGACCCAGUCAGUGGACUUAUUAAUAUUUCAGACAACUUUUGCAAUAUCGUUGAAUCAGUCGAAGAACUCAAGAAUAAAGUGUUUCCAAACAUUCAAACUCAGUACAAGGAUCACAAAUGGUUAUGUGAACGUGCCAUUCUGGCUCCGAAAAACGUCAAUGUAAAUGCUAUCAAUCUACAAAUACAGCAACAACUUCCUGGUGAAGCUAUAUCUUACAAAUCAAUUGAUACAGUUAAAGAUAUCGACAUGGUAGUUCAGUAUCCAACUGAGUUUCUCAAUUCACUCGAACCUUCUGGAAUGCCACCACAUAACUUGCGUCUGAAAAUUGGAUCAUCUAUUAUGCUCCUAAGAAAUCUGGAUGCACCAAGAUUAUGUAAUGGUACAAGGCUAUGUGUCAAAACUCUAAUGCCUCAUGUAAUCGAAGCAACGAUCAUGACAGGUUGUGCAAAAGGUGAAGAUGUAUUCAUACCAAAAAUACCUUUGCUCCCCUCUGAUAUACCAUUCCAAUUUACACGACUUCAGUUUCCAGUACGGCUUGCCUUCGCAAUGUCUAUUAAUAAGGCUCAAGGACAAUCACUUAAAGUUGCUGGUGUCAAUUUAGAAACUCCUUGCUUUUCUCAUGGUCAACUUUAUGUGGCAUGCUCGAGAGUAGGAACUGGAGAGAAUUUAUAUGUUUUUGCUCCAGAUGGAAAAACGAAGAACAUCGUGUACAAAACAGCUUUACAAUGA